CUUUUGUCUUGACCUGGUUGAUAUUAGCGCUUACUAUACAUUCAUAUUUAUAUUUAUAUUUUCCCUUUUCAUACAAGCGCAUACACCCUUUUUCUUUUUCUUGUAUUAAGGCCAUCUAGAACCACGCAUAGUCAGUCACUCAGUCAGCCAGCCAGUUACCAUGGGUCGCAAAAACAAAUCGGCCAGCCUUCUCAGCAACCUGCCCCAGCUGCAGAACCUGAUCAAGCGUGAUCCUCAGUCUUACCAGGAUGAGUUCAACCAACAGCUGCACCACUUUGAGGCAUCGCUUGCCAUUUUCGAGCUCAAGCCUGACGAGGAGGCAAAGGACUUCAGCGAUCUGAUUACCUUUUUGUCGCAGGUCGCCAAAUGCUACCCGAAACAGAGCGCGCGGUUCCCCUCCCAGCUGAUAAACCUGGUUCAGAAGCACUACCCGGUGCUAAAUGCCGAUUUGCGCAAGUCGAUCGUCCAGGCGCUCAUUCUGCUGCGUAGCCGUGGCGUCGUAUCCAAUCUGCGAGUGAUGCCGCUGUUCUUUACGCUGUUCCGGUGCCACGACAAGGCCCUGCGCAAGCUUCUGUACACCCACAUCGUUAACGAUGUCAAGAACGCCAACAAGGGUCGGAACCGCAACCACAAGCUUAACAAGGCUCUCCAGGGCUUCAUGUACACGAUGAUCACCGCUGCCGAGCCCAGGACAAGCACGGAGAGGAAGAGUCUGGACGUGUGCAUUGAUCUGUACCGCAAAAACAUUUGGACUGAUGCCAAAGCUGUAAACGUUAUUUCUCAAGCUUGCUUCUCGCCCAUUACCAAGGUCAUGAUGACCGCCGCAGAAGAUGACGAUGGCAACUCGACAAAGAAAAAGACCAUCAACUUUAGGCUGGUGCAGCAUCAAGUGAACAUCAACCGAAAGACCAAGUACCGCAAGCGCGUUCUCGAGCGCGCGACGCGCAUUCAGAAGCGCACACAGGCCAAGAAGGACGGCCAGUUGGUUGAUGACGAUGUCGACGAGGAGAGCGCCGCGGCUAAGCGCAAGAAGAAUAAGAGUGAUAUUCCAGACACUUCAAACUUUGACGUUCUCAGCUUGAUCCACGACCCCCAGACCUUUGUUGAGAGGCUGUUUUCGCGGGUCAACAGCGCAGCGAAUGCAACCAAGCGUGGUGGCAGCACAGUCGACCGCUUUGAAGUGCGCCUGGUCAUGCUCAAGCUCGUUUCGCGUCUGAUUGGCCACCACCAGCUGCAGCUCAUGGCGUUCUAUCCGUUCUUCCAGCGGUACUUACAGCCGCACCAGGCCGAGGUGACCCAAAUCCUGGCCAUCCUGGCCACCGCUACAAACGCAUUCACCCCGCCCGACAUUCUGCAGCCGCUUAUCCGCGCAAUCGCCGACAACUUUGUCUCGGAUCAUUGCUCACCCGAGCCGCUGGCAGUUGACCCUGAUCUGCUCAACGACUUGAUUAUGUACCGUAAACACAAGGACAAGGGUGUGAUGAUGGCAGCCCGCAGUCUGCUUGCCUUGUACCGCGAGGUCAACCCCGAGAUGCUGCACCGUCGCGACCGCGGACGCGAUGCGACAGUAAACAUCAGCAAUGGCACUUCUGGAAAGGAGCUUCUCGGCUACGGUGAGUCGCGCGUCGCUGAGGGCGUCGAGGGCAUUGAGCUCCUCGAGAUGUACGAGCAGAGGAAUGCAUCAGCGCCUGGCGAUGGGUGGGACCAGUGGGAGGUUGACAGCGACCAGGGCAGCGAUGCUGGCAACGAUUCUGAGUCAGCGUGGGUGGAGGCCAAUGAUAGCGAGGAUGAAGCCGAGGCGGGCGCCUCAUCCGAUGAGGACGAUGAUGAGGAUGAGGAUGAGGAUGACGAGGAGGAGGAGGAAGACAUUGAACUUGCAUCUGACUCUGGAUCUGGCUCUGAGGAUCAGGACGACGACGACGAUGUCGAGGGGUCUGACAGCGAGGUCGAAGAUGGACCGGCUGUUGAGACAGAGCCUGUGCAGGCGACUGAGAAGAAGCGUAUCGACAUGAUCAGAUUCCUAACCAACGAAGACUUUGACCGGAUUGACCGCCUCAAGAAGCGCCAGAGAGACGGCCAGCUGAAGCAGGCCCAGUCCAAGAAGGCGAAGAAGAAUGUUGCCGACGACGAAUACUCUGAGGAAGAGGAUCUCAUGGAUAUUGACAAUGUCAGCGACGACUCUUCGUCGGGCGAGGACGACGAUGAGAACAAGGACUACGUUGAAGACUGGGAUAUUCUGGGUGACUACCACACUCGCCGCCGCCGCAGAAAGGCCUCGUACGAGGAGCGCGUCGACGCCGCCAACGCUAGCCGCGAGGGCCGUGACAAGUUUGGGAGCAAGAAGGCCAAGCGCGAGAAGGAGGGCCGCAGUCUGUCGAACAAGGAGAAGCGCAAGACGAAGAGUUUUGCGAUGGUGUCUCACAAGCGCGCCAUUGUCUCCAAGGGCAGGCGAAGCAUGGUGCACAAGCGCCACGACCUGCGCAGACAUAUUACCAAGCAGAAGAAGAAUGGCUUCUGAGCACAGCAAUUGGACAUUUUUAUUUCAUAUAUCUUUCUCAACCUUAUAUAUACUUUUAUACGUAGACAGUGCCACAUUGGAUUUUUUUGCAACCCCA